AUGCUACCAGACCAUGAGGAGGGCUCCUCGGAUAAUUACGACGUCUUCCUCUCCUCGCUACGAUCCUAUCGCAGCUCGGUCCUUAAGCCCUUCUACCUGUCAGCUGCUCCAGUAUGCACGUCAGGAAACGGAACCAUAUCUAGAGCCACAUUAGCUCUCGUGGACUUCAUCUUCAUCCGGUUUUAUAACUCGGCCAAAUGUUCACUUGGUACGCCGGGUUUUCCUCAGUCACUCAAGGAAUGGUACCAACAAACCAUACCCUCGCCACACUUGCCGUUUCCGAAAGUGUUGCUGGGAGGCUUGAGCUUUGACAACGGCAACACGGGUUAUGUGUCAGCAGAAACAUUUCGGGAUGCAAUCCAGGCUGCGAGGCGACCUAAACUUGAUUGUUGGUGGAAUGAGCACAAGUUCGGCGGAGUCAUGCUUUGGGACGGUCCCAGAGGACUAAAGAAUGAGGUGACUGAUGGAGUGGAUUACUUGACAUAUGUCAAAGAUGUACUAGCUAAAGAUUAA